GGCGCCGAAGCAGGGAUCGAUCUCCGUUCCGGACUGUGCCGCAGUCGAUGCCGGAGUCCGGAGCGGUGUCGUGGUCCGGACCGCGCGUCGCCAUGUACCACGACUAUUUUCGGAGCACGCCGCCGCUCAUUCAUUCCCGCCUCUACAGAGUCACAGAGGCCCACCGGGCGCUGGAACUUCUCGAGGACUAUCACUCGAAGCUCAUCAAGCCGCAGGACAGACAGCUGCGGCUGGCGAUCGAGCGCGUUAUCAGGAUCUUCAAGAGCCGCCUCUUCCAGGCCCUGCUAGGUAAGUAA